AUGCCUAUUUUCCAAGACGACCACGACCUCGGCGCCGGCCAAGGUGUAGAGCCAGACAAGCCGGCAAAGUGUCCUCGGACGAGCUCGCCGCUCAACCAGAUUCAGAUCAUUCGAAGGCUUUCUGAAGAAAGCAUACGGACGGAAUUGUGUGAGGGCCCACUCCCGGACACUCCUGAGGACCAGGCAACACGUCCCGUCGGCACUUUGAAUGCUGACUUCGAAUUCCCGUUUCAUGGACAUGGAACAUUUGAUCGAGGGGAACUUAUUGACCGGCUUAAGAAAGGGGAGAGCCCGACCUGGUUACCAAACAGGAAUCUGGAGUCCCUACUUAAAGACUGCCAUUCUACUCCAAAGAAAACAACUCCUGAUGAUAGCACUGGUUCCCCGCCGUUAUUACCCUCACCGCAAAUUUUCGAGUCACAACGCACCGCGGCAGUCGAUAUAGAACAGUCGGAAGCCGGCCUGCAGAUUGAAAGACCACGAUCAGCGUUGCAUAGUGGUGAUUUCACGGAGGGGCCGCAAGAAAGCAUUCAAAGGGCUCAUAAUGAUGAUUACGGGUUAUUCGGGUCCCAAAAGUCGGCAUGGCUUGCCUCUUCUCCCCCGAGAAAUUUCUUACCGUUCCAACUCGAUCCUCGAUUUCCACCAGUCGACAGGCUUGAUGCAGAAUUUGAAGCCAGGUCACGGAUUCCCUCGCUGUCAUCGUCAUAUUCAUCGAGCUUUGUUUUAAAACCGCCCACUAGUCCGUUGGUUCAGUCUGAAAGCAAUGAUGACCUGGAUUUAUCAUCAAGUAUAAACCCAAUAGACAUUGAACCGCACCAGAAAAGGAACUCUCGCCGCCACACUUUACAGGCAUCGCAUUCUAUCCAUUCAACGCCAAAUGUCGCUACGGCCUCAAGUUUCAGGCCGUUGCCGCAUCUUCGGCGAGAUAAUACACAUCCCUAUCAAGCCCACCAACCAAGAAGAUCCCUCACAUCCAAUCCAUCCCCUCAAACACCGAGCUUCUUGCGUUCAAGGAGACCGUCAUAUCAAUCAGAAAACUCGCCUCUGAACCACGCUUCAAUGGUGGGCUCAUAUGAAGAAAGCAUCCUCCGAGGACGAAUGUCAACCACGCCCUCUAAGCCCCUUGAUUUUAUGGCUCAGAUUGGCGUCUUGGGGCUUGGCAAGUGUAAAAUGAGCCUCCGGUGCCCCGCACACGUCAUGAUACCUUUUCCGGCUGUAUUUUAUAGCUAUGAAACUACAACCCAUGGUCGGUCCGCGAAGUCUGAAGAUGGACCUAGCCCGUAUGUUGGCCAAAUAGAUCUGGAGAACAGCCUUCCAAAUCCAGAUGAAACCAGAGAUAGCAAGCGGAAACAACGGAAUGCCAACAUAGGGCGAAGUCGUAUAGACAAUUUGGAAGCGGCCGACGGUCACAGCACCAGCCAACCGUCAGACCGAGAAAUCCGGAGGGCUGAAAAGCAGAAGCGCAGAUCAGCCUCGCCUAGAGCACCUCCUGGCGGUAGUUAUAGAAUACCAGAGAAGGGCCAACUCCAGGUUAUCAUCAAGAACCCAAAUAAGACGGCCGUGAAACUCUUUCUAGUUCCCUACGAUCUGACUGGAAUGGAACCUGGAACCAAGACUUUCAUCCGUCAGCGGAGCUAUUCGACCGGCCCUAUCAUCGACUCGGCACUGUCGUCAUCGCAGCAAACUCCUGCUACAAACUCGGUGGAGCGACCGACACUUCGUUAUCUUAUACAUCUACAUAUAUGUUCCCCUUCUCGGGGACGAUUUUAUUUAUACAAAAGUAUUAGAGUUGUUUUCGCAAAUCGCGUGCCAGAUGGGAAGGAAAAGUUACGAAAUGAAAUAUCCAUGCCGGACCCGAGAUUCAGUGUAUAUAAACCGGUACGGGAUUCCACUCUUGGACAUAGUAUAAUGAGCGGCGCGGGCGCGAACCUCGCAGCAGAAAAGGCAUAUAGAAGGCGCAGCUCGGGCUUUGCCCUCGGGCCGUCAAACCGAGCCUACGACGGUAUGGAAGGAAUCACCCAAGCGCUUGAGAAGGGAUUCAACAAUGGCCCGGCAUUUUCACCUGGGCAGGAGAAUGGCAGCGCUGUGCCGAUUGAGCCCAUUCCGUUCAGUCUUUUCCGAAAGCCCAUUCGGAGUGAAGAUGAUUCCGGUCAGGAGCGACCCUCGAAUAUUCAGUCAUCCGACUCAAAUAAGAGCAGUAUAUCACCAACAUCAAUUGGCCUGGGAAACUCCAUGUCUUGGAAUAGCAACUCGACAGGUAUUGGUGGCUAUGACAAGCUUAACAAAGGAGAUGUUGGGUACGGAGGCAAUCCAUUUGCGGGUUCUCCGGAUGGAAGGCAAGUUGUGGCUGAAGGUCUACUAGCAAAGAAGCUCCGUGAUCUGGGAGUUGGAGUACCGGGCCCCCAAGAGGGCAUGGAUGGUAUUUGA